AUGGUUGCCACGAUGAGAAGCGACGAGGAGAUUUCCAGCAUCCUAGAGGGAUAUGCGAGGUCGAUGGGCAAGCUCCCACGUUCACCGAUCCUUCACGACCCAUCGGAAGUUGGAUUGCACUAUGAUGAUGUCUUUUUCCCUUCCUACGACGGGGUGCCCCUCGAAGGGUGGUUCAUACCCUGCGCCGGGUCGAACAAACUUAUCAUAGCGAAUCAUCCGAUGGGUUUUUCUCGAGCAGGGUUCCCAUCGCAUCUCGAGCCAUGGAAGUCCAUCUUUGGUGCCACGGGCAACACCAUCGAAGUCAACUUUAUGCCGGAUUAUGAAAUCCUUCACGAUGCUGGGUACAAUGUCUUGGCAUAUGACCUCCGCAACUUUGGCCACAGUGGCCCGGCCAAUGCGCAGUCGGUCAGCGCCGGACGGUAUGAAAGCCGUGAUGUAAUCGGCUCCUUACUCUAUGCUCGAAGUCGACCAGAUACCAAGGACAUGUCAAUCGCGCUGUUCAGUCGCUGCCUGGGUUUCACCUCGACACUGUGGGCAAUGCAUUUAUACCCUAAAGUCUUCAAGGCUCAGAAUGUCUCUUGUCUCUGUGGCCCACAGCCUAUCUCGCCUCGGACUCUGCUAGAACGCAGCUUCGAACGGGACGGUGUUCCGAUGGACAGGAUGGCUGAGCUUGAUCGCUUGGUCAAGAUACAUACAAGCUUCAGCUUGUUUGAGCUCGGUCCCAGGAUCCCUUCCAAGAGUGUCACAGUGCCAACAUUUGUCUACCAAGUCGAAGACGAUUUGAUGACGAAGCCGAUUGAUGUGCAGACUGUAUAUGAUAACUUCCCAGUCAAGGAGAAGAAGCUGUUUUGGAUCAAAGGGACCACAAGAAGGUGGGAUGGGUACACUUAUUUUCAACGACACCCGGACCAGAUCCUGCAGUGGUUCGAGAAAUAUAUGAUUCAAAUAUCGUGGGAGUGA